GCAAAGAGAUAUAUAUUUUGGUGAAAAAUAUGAUAAGUACUACACCUCAUUCUAUUUGGGUGUGGAUGAUGACGGUGGUAAUGUCAGUGUUGAUGAAUGAAAUGUGUUGUCGUGGGUGUUGGGAGCAAGAGAGGAUAGCUUUGCUGCAUCUCAAAGCUUCCAUCAACUACCCCAAUGGCAACUCUUUGCCUUCUUGGGUGGAUAAUAAAUCAUCCAAUUGUUGUCAAUGGGAAAGAGUUGAAUGCAGCAACACUUCAAGUCGAGUCAUUCAACUCUCUCUUAAUCGAACAAGAGAUUGGGAAUCUAGAAAAGAUUGGUAUUUCAAUGCUUCUCUGUUUCUUCCCUUUAAAGAGAUCAAGACUCUUGAAUUAAGUAGAAAUGCAUUAGUCAAUUGGGCUGAGAAUGAAGGUUUUGAGAAACUUUCUACGUUGACGAAUCUUGAAGUUCUUGAUUUAAGUUUCAACUGGAUCAAUAAUUCCAAAAUUCUAGAAUUUAUUGGUGAAAUUUCAUCUUUAAAGUCUCUAAAUCUUGGAGAUAAUAGCUUGGGAAGCUCGGUUGACUUGACAAGUUUCGAAAAACUUUCUAUAUUGACCAAUCUUGAAAUUCUUGAUUUGAGUUAUAAUUGGAUCAAUAACUCCAAAAUUCUAGAAUUUAUUAGUGGAAUUCCAUUUUUAAAGUUUCUAAAUCUUGGAGGAAAUAGAUUGGGAAGCUCGGUUGAUUUGACAAGUUUCAAAAAAUUUUCUACAUUGACCAAUCUUGAAGUUCUCGAUUUGAGUUUCAAUUUGAUUGAUAAUUCCGAAAUUUUAGAAUUUAUUAGUGGAAUUUCCUCUUUAAAGUCUCUAAAUCUUGGAGGUUGCUUAAGCUCGGUUAAUUUCACAAGUUUCAAAAAAUUUUCUACGUUGACCAAUCUUGAAGUUCUUGAUUUAGGUUCCAACAACAUCAAUAACUCUAAGAUUCUAGAAUUUAUUAAUGGAAUUUCAUCUUUAAAGUCUCUAAAUCUUAGAGGUAAUAGCUUGGGAAGCUCAGUUGAUUUGACAAGUAAGUUAAAGUAAUUUUUUGUAAUAUUAAAUAUUUUUUCAAUGAAA